AUGUCGAACACGGUUAGCAGCAGUGGCCAAUAUGUGCGCCUUAGGCACAUUCCUUCUUAUUCCACGCCCCCAGAGAUCAAUCGUUCUAUUCAGGAUGAUGUUGAUUGUGAGCGUCCGCUUCGACCAAGACGCAAGCUACGAGGGCGCGUGGUACUCACUAUAUCGCUGAUACUAAACAUCGUCACGGUGUGCAUUCUACUAUUCUCGACGUCACCGGACUAUGAGACGCUUACCUACUCUCCAGCAAUGAAGGCAUCACAGGUCGAGCAGGUUGUUUUCUCGAGUGCUUUUGGUAUUGAACGUUCUCCCUUCCAAGGAGAACCUUCAGACGCCAACGACAAACUGUGGGCCGGUCUUUACGACUUCGGUAUCACGCGUAUAAGCACGGAAGAAGCUCGGCCAAUGGUAAAUAAAACGCUCCCAGUCGCGGACGGUCAGGGGGGCUACAUAAUUCAACUGGCCGUAUUCCAUCAGCUGCAUUGUUUGAAUAUGCUACGAAAGGGCAUAUACCACGGCAUUGACAUGUCCAACACCGAUGACUUGAUGGGAAUUGAGCACAUGGACCAUUGCAUUGACAUGCUUCGUCAGAGCAUUAUGUGCCAGAGUGAUAUUUCACCUACCACGUUCACUCGCACUUCUCUUGGGAAACCCAUGCAAGUGGUUGCGGAGGUUGCUCACACUUGUCGAAGUUUCUCUAAGAUACAGCAAUGGGCAUGGAAUAGGCGGAUUAAGGGGGAGCUGGACAAGAACACCGUGGUAACUGAUGACCCGUUGGGAUGGGGUACCUACACGUACUCACCCUAG